AUGGGUGGCAACACCGAACAUAUAGCCGGCCACGGCUACCUCUCCCUCGGCCAGGCUGUCAACGUUGCUCAGAACAGUGAAGGCGGUGUCGACCAGCGUCUGGCUCAAUUUCUCGAAAAACGCCUUGCCGAAGUAUGGGCAAAACUAAACGCUCAUCCCGGAUCCUACGUUCUUCCUCCAGACGAGUUUGCUCUCUUGAACUACUACCGCACACGGUUUGGAGACAACGAGAUCGGCCCGAGGAAGCCCCUACUCCAGUGCCUACAGCCCAUGCCGCCAGUCCUCAGUCUAGUGGACGGAUGUCAACAGAUUAUCAUGAAGCACACUUUUGCCUCCUCUUACGGUCAGCCAUUUAUCGGUGAAUACAACCCACCCGAAUGCAGUUUCAACCGGGUUACUUUCAACUUCACAGUCACUUCCGCCGGCCUACAGUUUGACAGGCUUGGCCUCAUGUUCCUUGAUGACACCGAGGUUUUUCGGACUUCGACUGCAGAGCCGACGCAGACGGGCAUCAUCUGGAGCUACGUUAAAGACAUGAGCGGUUACUUGAGCCUGUUUCGUACGCCACAUAAAAUUAUUUUCGAUCUAGGAAACGUUAUUAAUGACAAUUAUACUGGAUCCUGGACUACGACAUUGACGGCAACCUUCUUUACUGCAAUAGACGAUAUUGAGCCAGCAGAUGUCAUCAUCCCAAUUUCCGCUCGGAGGUCUGUUGAUGAUUCCCCAAGCGCAUUUCUUGUGCCGGAAACCAGAGCAGUCGACACUAUCAUGUUGCCGCGAAAUGCCAAGAAAGCCGUCGUGACUAUGUCCGCUUGCGGACAAGCUGCCGAGGAAUUCUGGUGGAACAACGUACUUUCUUCCGACACCAGUGUCUUUGGGGCAAAUGAAUCGCUAUAUGGUCAUUCGCCCUUCCGAGAGAUUCAACUCCUCAUUGAUGGGCAGUUGGCUGGGGUUGCUUGGCCUUUUCCGGUCAUCUUUACUGGAGGCUUUCUCCCAGAGUUAUGGCGACCAGUAGUAGGAAUCGAUGCAUUCGACCUCCAAGAAGAUGAAAUCGACAUUACACCUUUCAUAACAUUACUCAAUGAUGGCAAAACUCAUACAUUCGAAAUCCAAGUUCUUGGCAUCGAUGACGACGGAAAUGGCACGGGCACAUUCACGACAGCUAUUGAAUCAAAUUGGGUUGUCACUGGCAAAGUCUUUGUUUGGCUUGAUGCAAACAACACGCCUCUAACGGGAACGGGACCCAUCUCGGGCUCAGUUGCUUCUCUUCAACUAUCCUCCACAAGGAAGAAGGGCAUAUAUAGCGCUGGCAUUUAUUCUUUGACUGACUCGGUCCAAGUAUCACGCAGCAUAUACAUCGAGUCGACAUUGGAUACUGCUGAUGGACGAAAGACGGCCAUAUGGAGCCAGAAUUUGACUUUUUCCAAUAUUGGAACAUUCAGCAAUAAAGGAAACGAUCAAGUGGUGCGCCAGUUUACUGCUGGCAAACAUACUACACUAGCGGGUUACUUGAAGAGUUUCGAGUAUCCUCUUUGGGCCCGUUCGUCCUACAAUACAGCGCUGGACGGCAAUGUCAGCAUUGAUGCAAGCAUGCGGCAAGGGAAACAGGUACAACAGCUGGGUGACCUAGCAUUUCCUAACAGCUGGAAAACAUUUAAUGAUACUCCUUUCCCAAAUGGCACAGCAUACAGAAGAUCCAAUCCUCGUCUAGGGAAUUGGUAUAACUCAAGUAGCACAGAGCAGCACAUGACGCUUAGCGGCAUUAACAAUGCACACGAGGGAACUGUGGUCCAGGAUAGCACACGUGUCUCGGACCCAUCUGGGCAAGUCUGGUCAGCAGGACCCCCUUAUGAGGAACUAUACGAAAGGAGUAUUGUAGCGGCCAACGGAUCGGUCGUGUACGACAGUGAAAGUUACGGCGGUCAAGUACGCGGUCAAGGCACCAAUUCCGCUGGCCGUGGGCAGGAGGUCAAUGUCGCCGGUCACGGUGGGGCGCGCGAAUUUGCGGCAAAGCCAAUCGAGGCAAGACUAGGGCGGGGACCCGCUUAG